GCAUGUUGUGGGAUUGUCCUUGUUCCUCCUGUGUUUGCCGAGUCAAGGGUAUCCCUCUGCAGGCUUGGAUAGAUGCUGUCACUCCUGGUGAUGUGAUUGCAUAGCAACACAGCAGCGCGGAGCGGUGGAGGAGGAGAGGCUGGGAGUGUGCAGACAGCAGCACUCAGCCUCAGCAUGCAUCACAGGGACUCCUUUGCUGAUUCACAGAGGCAGCCCCAGUCCCUGCUCCCGAAGCCCAGCGGCCGCUGCCCCCACAUCUCAGACCUGGUGGACUCAGAAGGUGCUCGUGCCCAGAGUUGUCGUCAUCCCCAUGAACAUCAGUUCUGAUGCAGCCCCUGGUGAUGCAAGAAUGGCCCUAUGUCCUCCCACGAUGUCCUGAGUGGCAUGUCACAGACCAGGCACAGCACAGCAGCAUUGCCCACCCACUGUCUCAGGUUGAAGCCUCACAGGAUGGCGCAGGACCUUCGUGUGUAACCCCUCGGGCUCUGAGUGGUGCCGCCAGGCACCAGGCCCCUUUGGAGAUGAAUCUUUGCUGGAAUGAGAUCAAAAAGAAAUCCCACAGCCUUCGGGCUCGACUGGAGGCCUUUUCCGACCACAGUGGGAAGCUGCAGGUGCCUCUCCAGGAGAUCAUAGACUGGCUCGGGCAGAAGGAUGAGGAGCUUUCAGCACAGCUGCCCCUGCGGGGCGAUGUCCUCCUGGUGCAGCAGGAAAAGGAGAUGCACGCGGCUUUCAUGGAAGAAGUGAAGUCUCGGGGACCAUACAUUUACUCUGUCCUGGAGUCAGCACAGGCCUUCCUUUCCCAGCAUCCAUUUGAGGAAUUAGAAGAACCAACUCCAGAAAGCAAAGAUGUCUCUCCCCGGCACCGGAUCCAAAACAUCAGCCGCUUUGUCUGGAAGCAGGCGAACGUGGCCAGUGAGCUAUGGGAGAAGCUCACGGCCCGGUGUGUGGAUCAGCACCGUCACAUUGAACGGACAUUGGAGCAGCUGCUAGAGAUUAAAGGGGCCAUGGAGGAGCUCAGCACAACACUGGACCAGGCUGAAAGCGUGCGCGAAACCUGGGAACCCAUUGGGGACCUCUUCAUUGACUCCUUGCCAGAGCAUAUCCAGUCAACCAAGCUGUUCAAAGAGGAGCUCUCCCCUAUGAAGGAUGGGGUGAAACUGGUCAACGAUCUUGCGCACCAACUUGCCAUCUCAGAUGUCCACCUGUCCAUGGAGAACUCCCGUACGCUGGAGCAGAUCAACAUGCGCUGGAAGCAGCUGCAGGCCUCCAUAAACGAACGCCUGAAGCAGCUCCAAGACGCCCACCGGGACUUUGGACCAGGCUCCCAGCACUUCCUCUCCUCGUCUGUACAGGUCCCCUGGGAGCGAGCCAUUUCCCCCAACAAAGUGCCAUACUACAUCAACCACCAGGCCCAGACGACAUGCUGGGACCAUCCAAAGAUGACGGAGUUGUACCAGACGCUGGCUGAUUUGAACAACAUCAAGUUCUCAGCAUAUCGGACAGCUAUGAAACUACGACGGGUGCAAAAAGCCCUGCGAUUGGACAUGGUGACCCUGGCUACCGCCUUGGAAAUCUUCAAUGAGCAUGACCUGCAGCCCAGUGACCGGGCGAUGGAUGUGGUGGAGGUCAUCCACUGCCUGACCACCCUCUACGAGAGGCUGGAGGAGGAGCGGGGCAUCCUGGUGAAUGUGCCGCUCUGUGUGGACAUGAGCCUCAACUGGCUGCUGAAUGUCUUUGACAGUGGCCGCAGUGGGAAGAUGAGGGCUCUCUCCUUCAAGACGGGCAUUGCAUGUCUGUGCGGGACAGAGGUCAAGGAGAAGUUUCAGUCAGAUCUCUUCAGCCAAGUGGCGAAUGCCGGGGGACUGUGUGACCAGCGGCACCUUGGCGUCCUGCUCCACGAGGCCAUCCAGGUCCCGCGCCAGCUGGGGGAGGUGGCGGCGUUCGGGGGCAGCAAUGUGGAGCCCAGCAUCCGCAGCUGCUUCCGCUUUAGCAACGGGAAGCCUGCCAUUGAAGCAUCCCAGUUCCUGGAGUGGGCCAACCUGGAGCCGCAGUCCAUGGUGUGGCUGGCCGUGCUGCACCGGGUGACCGUGGCUGAGCAGGUGAAGCACCAGACCAAGUGCUCCAUCUGUCGGCAGUGCCCCAUCAAGGGCUUCAGGUAUCGGAGCCUGAAGCAGUUCAAUGUGGAUAUCUGCCAGACUUGCUUCCUCACUGGGCGAGCCACCAAGGGCAACAAGCUGCACUACCCCAUCAUGGAGUACUACACCCCGACAACAUCAAGUGAGAACAUGAGAGACUUUGCCACAACACUGAAGAACAAGUUUCGGUCCAAGCAGUACUUCAGCAAGCACCCGCAGAGAGGUUACCUGCCUGUCCAGUCCGUACUCGAGGCUGACUUCUCUGAGACACCAGCAACCUCCCCAAUGUUACCGCAUGCUGACACCCACUCCCGGAUCGAGCACUUUGCCAGCAGGCUUGCAGAGAUGGAAAGCCAGAACUGUUCCUUCUUCAACGACAGCCUGUCCCCUGAUGAUAGCCUGGAUGAAGACCAGUACCUGCUGCGCCAUUCCAGCCCCAUCACCGACAGAGAGCCUGCGGGCAGCCAGCAGGUUCCAGGAAGCCUCAACAUGGAUGACAAGGGAGAGCUGGAGCGAAUCCUGGCCCACUUAGAGGAUGAAAACAGGAUCCUACAGGGAGAACUGAGACGUUUGAAAUGGCAGCAUGAUGAGGCAGUGGAGUCUCCAACCUUGGCUACAGGGUCCCCUGAAUCAGUGCAGGACUCGCAUAACGAUGAGCUCCUGGCAGAAGCACGAAUCCUCCGGCAGCACAAGAGCCGCCUGGAGACCCGCAUGCAGAUCCUGGAGGACCACAACAAGCAGCUGGAGUCCCAGCUGCACCGGCUGAGGGAGCUGUUGCUGCAGCCUCCAGCAGAGUCAGAAGGCAAUGGUUCAGCAGCCUCUUCUUUGGCUUCAUCUCCACAUCAGUCUGAAGGCAGUCAGGCAAAGGAGAAAGAGCACAACACCCCUGACACCGAAGCUGCAGAUGAGGUGGAAGCCAAAACCCAGGAAGUGAGCAUGUGCCUGGAAGACAUCAUGGAGAAGCUGCGGAGCGCCUUCCCCAACUCUCGAGGUAUGACCUCCCUUAUCUAACACCUCCUGUGAGCCAGAGGCUUUUCCUAACCAGCUACCUGGCUGCUUUCCUCCCUCUCCUCUCCCUGCCAUGCUCCCUGUGCUGUGGCAGACCUCACACAGAUUCCCUCCAAGCUGUUCAUGCAGGAUGCUUGCCAGGUCAAGAAGAUCUCAGGGGAACAUAGGUCAUGCAGGAGUGGGACUGUGGGCUUCCCAGGAGGCUGGCUCAGUCACUCAGCCACAGUGUCCAAGCCUGAGUGGAAAGGUUUAGAAGAAAGAAUUGAAGCCGUGAAAGCUGCCCGUCUCCCCAGGCACUCACGGGCUGCUGCCUUUGAUUGCAGCCCUCGGGGGAUGCAGAGCUCAGUAUCCCACUCCUCUUCAGUUGUGCCCAGGGGCCUCCAGGUUUAUGGGCACCAAAACACUCCUGGAGCCACUCAGUUUUUAAAAGAACUCUUUCUAACAGCAUCCAGCUGCCAGCCUUAUGGAUUGAACUCUCUCUGCCCCCAGGGCUCUGCAGCCAGCCAGGCACAUACUGUCUGGUGGGGAGAGUCUGCGAGGUUUAUGGAGUAGGGAUGAGUCCAUGUUAGAGUUUCAGCCCAGCUAGUAGCCUUAUUUCGAGAUGGUCUUUAUAACAGAGCCUUAUCAUUUAAUUUGCAUAUUUCUAUAUAUCAUAUAUAUAUUCUGUACUUAAAUACUCUCAUGGACUCACUCCAUUAAAUUCUAAUACUGUAAGUGCAGCUGUCCUUCACUUUCAGUCCAGCCCAACAUCUGCUCCUGUGGGGACCAGCACCUUCCCUGUUGCUGGUGCUGCCUUGGAGCAGGGCUGCUGUGAGGGGAGUGCAGUGGAGGGCCAGACCAGCAGCAGGUAUUCCAUCCUGCCUGGUUUCCUGGGAAGCUGUGCCUUUUCUGUGGCACAGAGAGCCUGUCCUGCCUGGACCCAGCUCCAUCCCUGGGGAUCCUCAGCUCCUGCAGUUGCCCAUCCCCACAGCGCUGCAGGAAGGAGCUUCUCCAGCCAUAGCUCCAGCCCUGGGGCCACCAGGACAUUGGGCUGUGAUGCAGGAGCAUAGUGGUGCAGGCAGGCAGCAGGACAGACAGGGCACCUCCUUGCUGCCCCCAAGGAGCAGCUGCCCUGCUGCUGUUCCCUAAUUUGAGCUGGGCUAAGGGGCCGGAGGCACUUGCUGGAAGCAGGCAAGUCCUACCAGGCAGUGGAGGAGGCUGUUCCUGCAAGCUGGGAGGGUAACUCAGUGGUGAUGGCUCCUGGUCCCAAAGGUUCCCUCAGGCUGGCUGUCUCAUGCUGUGUUAUGUCGAGAAAGAGGUAGAGUCAGGUGCUGUUGGGUGCCUCAGAGCAGAGGCUGAGAUGGCCCUGGUGCUCUGGGGCCACAGGCUGCGGAGGAAUGAGAUGCCUGUGGCCUCAGGGCAGGGUGCAGGCAGGGCUGCAUGCCAGCGUGAAGCAUCCUGCCCAAAACAGGGCUUACUGCAAGGACAAGGAUGGGGCUGUUGUUGUUGGCUGGGACAGGAUGUGGCAGUGAGCUUUUUGGGGAAGUUUGGACCAAGGCAUCCUGUGGGAGCACAGGGCUGUGCGGUUGGCUUUGGUGUGCUGGCAGAGGUGUGAAGCAAUGUCCACACCGAGGGUUAGGUGUUGCAAGCCUUAUGGCUAGGUGUUCGGGGUCUUGUGCUGCAGCGUCCACUAGCAGCAGUGUGGGUUGCUGUCCUCUCUCACACCCAGGCGAGCAGCAGGAGUGCAGUAGCAGUGGUAUUGGUGUUAGGCUGCCUAUAAGCAUGCUGUGUGUCAGGCUGCUUGAUUGACCGUGGUGAGGGACCACAUGCCAGUCUGCAAGACCUGGUUGGACCCCUCUGUUGUCCCAGUGGCAGGAUGGGGGGGAGCAUGGGAAGGAGUGAGGAUGGAGGUCAGGAGUACCCAGCCUGGGAGGAGCUGGAGGAAGCAAAAGACAGGACAAGGGUAGAGCUACUGGCCCCAGUGCCAGGUGCAGGGGGCAGUGGCAGCCAGGCUGGGUGCUUGGGCUGUGUUUGGGAGCCGGGCUGCAGCAGAGAGGGGAGCAGGCUGGCUAAUGCUCUGGUAACCAUGUACUGUGGUGCUGCGGUCCUCACUGCUUCAUGCCAUCUCUGCUCUGGAAAG